AUGUCUUUCAAUUCCGCCUUCUUUAUCCGUAGUGCUUCUCUUUACUUCUCUCCAUACUCUAGUAGCUCCAACAGCUCCAGCAGCUCCUCAACUAGCGCAUCGCUUAGUUCCCUUGGUGAACCCGAGAAAUUCAUCGAGCAUCCCAAUCAGUUCCUCAGAUCGAAGGUUUCUGACGAGGCGUCUCUGAUGGGUUAUCAAAAUCAUCAACUUGAUCCCACUCUAUACGAAGCUUCCCCUCCACGUCGCUUCGUUGUCCCAGAAAUUAUUGUCACUACCGUUACACCAAUAGCACCUCUCCCUCCUCCCUACUCACCUCCCAAGAACGGCAGCACAGAUACCACCACACUUUACCCACCAAAUCUAUUCGCUAGAGAGGUCACCAAGCCCAUCAGCCAACCUCCAUCAACUCUCCUUCCUCAACCACCCACAUCCAUUACUCUAACCCCCCCCUACGAUUUCUACUACCCCUCCCAACCCCGCGCUCCCCCUCCUCCCACCCUCGACCCCCAUCUCCUCACUCCCCCCCACCCGGCACACACCUACUCCUCGCUCCUCCUCCCCCAACUCCACGAUCUCACCCUCACCAUCGCAUCCACAAUGGAUACACACUUGAUGAGACACCUCUCUCCCCUUUCCUCGCUCCUCGCCCUCCUCAACCCCCUCCCCGACUUCGGCCUCCUAACGCACAAUCUCCCCGCCUUUCGCGCACACGUCGAGUCUCACUUCUCCACCGUCCGCACAAAGGAAGAACAAUAUUUCCACACCCUGCUUGCCGUCGCGCCAGAGCCGGAAUUAAAAAUGGUGUUGAGAAUUUUCGAUGACUGGUAUAUCUAUAAGUUUCCCCGUCGAGCAGGUUGUCUUAUCUUUCCGGAUGAUUUUGAGGAUCAGCCUGCUCAGCCUGCUGGGGAAAUGGAUAGUGAGGAUAGUGAGGAAAGUGAAUCAGCUUGUCAUUUCCCGGAUCGGGAUGAGGGUGCUGUGGAUGUGGAUGUGGAUGUGGGUGCGGAUACUGAGGUGCCUGCGCUGGUUUAUAGACAGGGAUGGGGUUGGAAGCCGAAGUAUGUUGUUACUGCUUCUUUUGCGGGAGAUGUGGGAGUACAGUAUCCGUUGUAUCACUUUUAA